CUAAGCGGCUCAUUGCCGCACGACGUCGUACUCUCUCUGCCAAGCGGAGAAAAUUCGGGGGACGUGUCUGCAUACGAAAUUAAUCACAAAUCCCAUGGGAACGGGGAUCGAUCGACAGUUAAAAGACCGAGGACAAACCGAAAAAAUCAACGCUUUUCCCAGAAGAAAAUAGACGACAUUUCUUUCGCCUCCAAAUCUCGCUUCCCGCAAGAUCCCCAAAUCUCGAACCACAUCAUCAUGUUCAUAGCUCCGUUCUUACGAUCCCUCUUGUUUCUUGCGAUCUGCUCGAUCCUCGUUCACUGUCCGAGCUCGCGCGCAGCUUCUGCCAGCUCCAUCAUCUCCCCUGCGAAGGUCAGGCAAGUCUCAUGGAAACCCAGAGCUUUCGUGUACGAAGGGUUCCUGACGGACUUGGAAUGCGACCACUUGAUCUCUCUGGCGAAAUCAGAGUUAAAGAGAUCUGCAGUGGCGGAUAAUAUGUCGGGAAAGAGCAAGCUCAGCGAAGUUCGGACCAGCUCAGGGAUGUUUAUUCCGAAGGCCAAAGUUAGUUUUAUUCACCCUUCAUUGUUUGCCAGAUCUUUAUUUUAGAUUAUAUGCUUAAUGCUUAUGAUGAUGUGCCGUUAUAUACAUGGAAUUAGGUUUCAGUUGUAGGGUUUGUGUCGUACUUAAGGCGAGGAGAGAAAAAAAUAACUUUCUUGGAGUUGUGAUUCCUAUCUUAUUGGAAUUCUUGUUCAUUUUGAUUCCUUGUAAGUUGGUAAUUUACAAAGGCAGGAGGUGCGAUAAAUUUGCCAAAUCUCACUCUGUUGGGGCAGAAUAUGUUUUUAUGUCACAGAACAUUUGCUGUCUAGCUUUAGGGCGUGGGUGGAAGAAUGGCUAUUUGUGUCAGCAUAUCAUAUGUAAUUGCGUCUGUAUAUGUUAGCACCAGGGCAUCAUA